GUCACCAUAUGUCACCAUCCACCAUCGCCUCGCAGCCUAUUUGGCCCCAAGCCAUCUCCUCGCCCUCGUAGCACCGCCGAUGGGUGCCAAUCAGUCCUUAGUGGGUCCCUGUUGCUCUGAGCAGCUGCUCGAGACUCAGGACUUGCAGGUUGCAGAGCAAAUUGCCGUGGACGAGUUUAUGCCUAUGGAACUGGCUCAGGAUUCUGACUUGCAGAAAGAUCGCAUCAACCCCUGGGCACAGCUGCAGGAGGAGAGUGGCGUCAUGAUGCAAUGCUGCGGCCCUGAAACCCAGGCUCCUCACGAUAUUGUGGCAGAUUCCAUGGGUGCGGAGGUCAUUGUCGACUCGUAUAGCUACAGGAACGACUUUGAUACAUCGGCAACACGAGCAAAAAAACUGGGGCAUUCGCUGCGAUGA